AUGAGUAAUUCAAUUGCAAGCGGCUCAUCGUCAUCGUCCCCAAACGCCUCCUCGACAUCUUCAAACGACGAAGAUGCGAUGAAAGAAAACCACGCCCCAGUCCACGUGGCAACUGGCGACGACGGUGAUGAAAACGGCGAAUUCACACCGGAACGAUCAGAAGAGCCCGAGGAGGAGCAAGAGGAGCAGGAUCAGCAAGACGACCUGCUACCUCGUCUAACCCGUCAAUCGGAAUCAACAGAAUCCUCCAGAGAACGCGACGCUGAUGACGAAGAAGACGUUGGUGAUGAAGAAGCAGAGAAUGAUAGAAUCCAUGACGAGGACGAUGAUUUCAUGAUGGAUACGAAUGAUGAAGUAGGAGAAGAAGAGGACGAUGUCGAUGACGAUGAUGAAGAGCGAAUGGAACGAAUUCCAGGACCAAAUCUAGAAGCCGUUGAGCAUAUUUUCCCAUUUAGUAAUCCCCUAUCGAAACGUGGCAACAACAUUCGUACAGGAGCGGAAUUUCAAACGGAUCUCCCGGAAAUCCAACCGGACUCUGAUAGGGAAAACGAGCAGAAUCGAGAAAUCUUGAUUUGGGAAAAUCCGAUCGAUGUGGAUGAUGAGCAAUUGGAGGAUUAUGUUAACGAAGCGGUGACCAGAUAUCACCUUUCUAUUGACAGGGCCCUCUACAUUCUAAUGAAGGAAAAGUUCGAUUUCGAGAAGGCGAUCAACGAAUGUGCCAGUCGUCGUACGUUUGGUGAUGACUGGAAACAACAGGAGAAGGAGCUCUUCACGACGUGUCUAUUCACUUUUGGAAAACAAUUCAAGAAGAUUCAGAAGGCGAUACCCCACCGCAACAUUUCGUCGAUCGUCCGCUAUUACUACGAUUCGAAAUACAUUGAGAACUACCGUAAGCACAUGCAUGUGCCAUGGAUCGAUGAGGAGGAUCAGUACGAUAAGCUGCUGGGCGAGAUCAACAAAAUGGAUUUUCACAUGUCCGGACUGUGUGAGAAUUGUUUCCAGCGGAGCACUGUGUUGAUUUUCAACUUGAUCAUGUCUCGUUACGAGUGUCAUUCGUGCAUCUUCUACUUCCGAAUCAUGCGUAAAUCUCGUCCGCAAAUCUCGCAUCGCGCCUAUUUGAAAUCCACACCCAACCAAAAAGUCAUCGCCAGAGAGUACAUGCGCGACUACCUUGUGGAUUACGAUAGACUCGCGGAGCCCAGCGAUGGAAAGGCUGCUGAACGCCUUGGAUUACAGGAUAUCAUGCCACAGGUCAACGAGGACGACGACGAGUGUUUGUUUGUUGAAACCGACAUUCUCGCGACGCCAUCUGAAUCCUACAAGGAGACGUCGCCAAUUGAAACCGACGAUUUUGAGGAUCCAAUCGAUGAGAACACAUGCCGAAUGACACGUGACUUCUCGAUGCCAGAAGUCGAGAAUCGAAUGAAGAAUGUCGGGAAACGAGCGGCCGGAUAUAUUCCGUUGAUUAGCCGAAAAAAACAAUCCAAGUGUAUGGAGGAGAACCAAGUAAUCUCGGAAUGUUCUCGAAUCCUACGCGCUCGAACCGACCACAUCUACAAAAGUAUUCGAACGAAAGAAGUGGAUGCAAUGCGAAAAUUCAUGGCUGAAAUGAAGGAGAAAACGAUGAAAUCGCAUCCCUGGGAAACCGAAACGACAAUGCCAGUGUCAACUGCAGUUGCGGCAUCUGGAGCCAGUCGAUCUGGCAAAGUGAGAUGUGAUGCGAAUUGGACCGAACAGGAGGUCAAGGAUGUUGUUAAAUAUUUCCACUGGUACCAUCGAGGAUACGCUCAAAUUUCCGACGUCCUGAUGUCCAAAACACCCCAACAAGUCAAGGAUUUCUAUUUGAAGCAUCAGGAGAAAAUUGAUGAGUCUGUCAAAAAGUAUGCUGAGGAGAUCCGCACUGCACACAAUCUGCCACCACAUUGA